AUGACUACAAAGCUAUGUACUGAGAUAUUAUCUGAUAGUGAUGAGGCUAUUGAGGAAGUAGUUGUUAAGGAUGCUGGGUUGGACAAUGAUGCAGACAAUGAGAAUAGUUCAAGUGAUGAUGAUGGGUAUGAAUCUACUGAAGAUGAGGCAUAUAAGCCUCCACCUUCAGGAUAUAAUUUUUCUUAUUCAAGUGAGAGUGAAGAGAUGACUGACGGAGAGAGAAAAGGCAAGGCUAAAGCAACCUCAAGUAAAAGGAAAAGAUCACAACCAUCCACUGAGAUAGCUGAUGAGACCUUAUCUGAGAGGCAGCUUACUGCGAAGGAGAAGGCUGAUCAAGCUACGCCUUCCUUCGACCCACCAAAGAAUAGUGAUAAGGAUGAUUUCUAUAAGGCCGAGAAGGCGAUUCACCGUGUGGAGUUUGAUUGGGAUGCAGUUUUCUGUACUAUAGUUGUCCAUCCUGAUGUUCUUUGGGCAUAUGGACUGUCAAAACCGACUCCCCGAGUGAAAACUACAAAGGUGAGAGAGAAUGUUAGCAGAGAUGACAAGGCUAAGACUCAAGGUAAAAGGGCAGGGGAUAAGAAAGAAAGAUGUGUAUUUGGUGGUGAAAGUGGGCCUGAUGUGAGGAAGAAGAGUGAUGCUAGACCAAGUGUUGUUGGGUCUGGUAGGGAUGAACCAAGAUCAAAUGACAAUGAUGGGCCCAAUAAAGAUAAUAAAAGUGCUUCUAAAAAGCCUGCAACAUUUGAUGAGGAGAUUGCAGUGAAGCCAAGGGAUGACUCAGACAUGAUUUUGAGUAUGAGUCAGAGCUCUUCUUAA